AGACUCUCAACUUUAUCAUUUUAGCUAAACUAUUUUCUGUCUACCGCUUGUUAUCCACAACUUGGGCUUUCUCUCACGUAGCAAUGGAAAAGGAGAAUGACGAGGUGAUUCUGUUGGACUACUGGCCUAGCAUGUAUGGCAUGCGGCUUAGGGUUGCACUAGCUGAAAAGGAGGUCAAGUAUGAGUUCAAAGAAGAAGUUGUGGGUGGUGUCAAAAGUCCUCUACUUUUGAAAAUGAAUCCAAUCCACAAGAAAAUCCCAGUUCUGAUUCACAAUGGAAAACCUAUUUGUGAAUCUCUUAUUGCAGUUGAGUACAUUGAUGAAGUCUGGAAGGACAAAUCUCCAUUGCUGCCCUCUGAUCCUUAUCAAAGAGCACAAGCUAGAUUCUGGGCUGACUACAUUGACAAGAAGUUGUAUGCUCCGGGACGAAAAACAUGGGAUGCAAAAGGAGAAGAGAAGGAGGAAGGCAAGAAGGAGUUGAUAAAAUCAUUAAAGGUACUAGAACUGGAAGCACUUGGAGACAGGCCUUAUUUUGGAGGAGAAAGUUUUGGUUUUGUGGAUAUUGCAUUCAUUGGGUUCUAUAGCUGGUUUUAUACCUUUGAGACCUUUGGCAACUUCAGCAUGGAGGCUGAAUGUCCCAAACUUGUUGCUUGGGGCACUAGAUGCCUGCAAAAGGAAAGUGUCUCCAAGUCUCUACCUGAUCCUUAUAAGAUCUAUGAGAUAAUACUCACUUAUAGAAAGCAUUUUGGACUAGAAUAGACAUAUUGAUCAUGUGCAAAUUAAGGCACUUAGUUAAUGUUGCCUUGUUGAGUAAUCAUUGAAGAAUUGAAGUAUGAGUACUCUGUUUUCUUAUAGAAAUAAAGCACCAAGCGCUAGCUUGUGGUGUCUCAGUAUAAUCUAUGUAUGUAAUUCUAUUGUUUCUUAUUUUUGCACUGAUCGAAGUGAACUUUAUUCGAAA